UUUUUUAUUUCUUUUUAAAAAUGACUUGGGCUACCUUUGGAACAUUGGCUGCUAUUGCAACAGCUGCUGCUGCAACCACAACGUCAUGCCGCUACAUUCCCGGCGAUGCUGGAUGGCCAGCGGAUCAUGAUUGGGCCUCGCUCAACCAUACUGUUCGCGGCCAUUUGAUUCGAACCGUGCCAGUCGGCCAUGUCUGCCACGAUCCUACCUACAACGAGGCACAGUGUGCCGAGCUGAAAUCGAAAUGGGGCGAUCCCUUCUUCAAGACCACUCUGGUCGAAGGUAUCAUGAGUUCAUCAUUUGCAAACAAGUCGUGCGAUCCAUUUACACCACGUGAGGCUCCAUGCGAUAUUGGCGGUUACGCUCAAUACAGCAUCAAUGUAACAUGUCCCGAGGACGUUUCUGCUGGACUCGACUUUGCCCGUCGCAAGAACGUGCGUCUUGUUGUAAGAAACACUGGACACGACUUCCUGGGACGAUCUGCAGCAUUUGGCAGCCUCUCACUUUGGACACACAACCUCAAGACCAAAGAACUGAUCAAAAACUACAAAAGUAAAUCGUACAAUGGCCCCGCACUCAAGGUUGGCGCCGGUGUUCAGGUCCGCGAGGCCAACGAAUUUAUUGACAAGCACGGCUACAUGAUGGUGAGCGGUGAGUGUCCGUCUGUCGGCCUUGCUGGUGGCUAUACUGCUGGUGGUGGCCAUGGCCCUCUGAGCACCAUGCUUGGUUUGGCAGCAGACCAGACUCUGGAAUUUGAAGCCAUCACUGCUGAUGGUCGGCUCAUCAGAGCAGCUCCAGAUGAGAACGAAGAUUUGUACUGGGCACUAAGCGGUGGUGGCCCUGGCUAUGCUGUUGUCUGGUCGGCAACAUACCGCAUCUUUCCUGACCGAGAAAUCGUUGCUACUACCUUGAGCUUUGACAAAAGCAACAGAGCGAGCGCUUCUAACGACUUCUGGGAGGCAAUGUCCUUUUGGCAUAGUAUGGCAUCCAACAUUACAGACACAGAUGGAUACAGCUACACGCAGUACAACGAGAGUCACUUUGAUAUGCUACCGCUGUUCUCACCCACCCAGACUAGGGAUCAGGUCCUCGCUCUUCUCGAGCCGCUGCACAAGAAACUUGAUUCAUUGGGUAUCAAACAUGUCACCAACGCAACCACAUUCCCAGGAUACCUUUCAGCAUGGCAUGCUUAUUUCGACUGGGCCGAGGGAGGCGACACCGAUAGUCACCUCGGUGGCCGCCUGAUUCCCCGAAGUGUUAUACAGAACAACCUCAAAGGCUUCGAGUCGGUGAUUCGAAACAUUACCAUUGAAACCGGCGGCGUGCAGGAAAUGACUAUCAAUGUGAAAAGAGGUAGCAAUACCAACAACGCCGUCAACUCAGCAUGGCGCGACGCCGACAUCUUCUUCAUCAUUUUCGACUUGGACCCUAAAAUGACCGCUGCAGCUAUCGAUGACCGUCUCACACACGGAUGGGCUGACCUGCUGCGCAAGGUUGCUCCCAACAGCGGCACGUACAUGAACGAGGCGGAUGUUUAUGAGGUGAACUGGCAGCAGUCAUUUUAUGGAGACAAGUAUUCCAGACUUUUAAGCAUCAAACGCAAAUACGAUCCUACCUCAUUAUUUUAUGGAACAACCACUGUGGGAAGCGAAGCGUGGCAACCACAAGCAGAUGGAAGACUCUGCCGCACACACUAAUGCGAGGGAGACAAUUUGUAACCAAAUGCAUAUCUUGAUCGUAUCUAAACAAUACAAAGUAUCUUUCCCUUUU